CCUCCCGCCCUCCCUCUCCUUCUCCCUGAGUAACGAUGCUGUCCUAGCAAGUGAUGCUGUCGGAGACAGGAGACGGGCGCCGAGGAGGCAUCGCCGCCGCCGCGGGGCUGGAGAGCCUCUCCCAGCACCAGAGCCCCGCUCGGCCCCGGGCUUCCUCGUCGCAGCCACGGCCGCGGCAGCUGCUCCCACGGUUUGAUGGUGGGCGGCGGCAGCUCGGCUUCGGCGCUAGCCUCUAACUGCUGGAUCGCGGGCCGCGACGCUCUCCGCUCCUGCCUUCCCGCCCUGGGCCGCCCGGGGCCCCGGAAGCCGCGGGAGGUGGUGAAGGGGCGCCGCGGGAAGACUGCACUGCCGCGAAGGCGGAGGAGGCCGGCAGCCGGCACCCCCACACUCGGACCGCAGCCGGCGCGAUGUCCACCAAGGUCAGGAAGUGCAAGGAACAAGCAAGGGUGACCUUCCCCGCGCCGGAGGAGGAGGAAGACGAGGGCGAGGACGAGGGCGCGGAGCCGCAGCGCCGCCGCCGGGGCUGGAGGGGCGUCAACGGGGGGCUGGAGACGCGCUCGGCGCCCUCGCAGCGGGAGCCGCACGGCUACUGCCCGCCGCCCUUCUCCCACGGGCCGGACCUGUCCAUGGAGGGAAGCCCAUCCCUGAGACGCAUGACAGUGAUGCGGGAGAAGGGCCGGCGCCAGGCUGUCAGGGGCCCGGCCUUCAUGUUCAAUGACCGCGGCACCAGCCUCACCGCCGAGGAGGAGCGCUUCCUCGACGCCGCCGAGUACGGCAACAUCCCAGUGGUGCGCAAGAUGCUGGAGGAGUCCAAGACGCUGAACGUCAACUGCGUGGACUACAUGGGCCAGAACGCGCUGCAGCUGGCUGUGGGCAACGAGCACCUGGAGGUGACCGAGCUGCUGCUCAAGAAGGAGAACCUGGCGCGCAUUGGCGACGCCCUGCUGCUCGCCAUCAGCAAGGGCUACGUGCGCAUCGUAGAGGCCAUCCUCAACCACCCUGGCUUCGCGGCCAGCAAGCGUCUCACUCUGAGCCCCUGUGAGCAGGAGCUGCAGGACGACGACUUCUACGCUUACGACGAGGACGGCACGCGCUUCUCGCCGGACAUCACCCCCAUCAUCCUGGCGGCGCACUGCCAGAAAUACGAAGUGGUGCACAUGCUGCUGAUGAAGGGUGCCAGGAUCGAGCGGCCGCACGACUAUUUCUGCAAGUGCGGGGACUGCAUGGAGAAGCAGAGGCACGACUCCUUCAGCCACUCACGCUCGAGGAUCAAUGCCUACAAGGGGCUGGCCAGCCCGGCUUACCUCUCAUUGUCCAGCGAGGACCCGGUGCUUACGGCCCUAGAGCUCAGCAACGAGCUGGCCAAGCUGGCCAACAUAGAGAAGGAGUUCAAGAAUGACUAUCGGAAGCUCUCCAUGCAAUGCAAAGACUUUGUAGUGGGUGUGCUGGAUCUCUGCCGAGACUCAGAAGAGGUAGAAGCCAUUCUGAAUGGAGAUCUGGAAUCAGCAGAGCCUCUGGAGGUACACAGGCACAAAGCUUCAUUAAGUCGUGUCAAACUUGCCAUUAAGUAUGAAGUCAAAAAGUUUGUGGCUCAUCCCAACUGCCAGCAGCAGCUCUUGACGAUCUGGUAUGAGAACCUCUCAGGCCUAAGGGAGCAGACCAUAGCUAUCAAGUGUCUCGUUGUGCUGGUCGUGGCCCUGGGCCUUCCAUUCCUGGCCAUUGGUUACUGGAUCGCACCUUGCAGCAGGCUGGGGAAAAUCCUGCGAAGCCCUUUUAUGAAGUUUGUAGCACAUGCAGCUUCUUUCAUCAUCUUCCUGGGUCUGCUUGUGUUCAAUGCCUCAGACAGGUUCGAAGGCAUCACCACGCUGCCCAAUAUCACAGUUAUUGACUAUCCCAAACAGAUCUUCAGGGUGAAAACCACCCAGUUUACAUGGACUGAAAUGCUAAUUAUGGUCUGGGUUCUUGGAAUGAUGUGGUCUGAAUGUAAAGAGCUCUGGCUGGAAGGACCUAGGGAAUACAUUUUGCAGUUGUGGAAUGUGCUCGACUUUGGGAUGCUGUCCAUCUUCAUUGCUGCUUUCACAGCCAGAUUCCUAGCUUUCCUUCAGGCAACGAAGGCACAACAGUAUGUGGACAGUUACGUCCAAGAGAGUGACCUCAGUGAAGUGACACUCCCACCAGAGAUACAGUAUUUCACUUAUGCUAGAGAUAAAUGGCUCCCUUCUGACCCGCAGAUUAUAUCUGAAGGCCUUUAUGCCAUAGCUGUUGUGCUCAGCUUCUCUCGGAUUGCGUACAUCCUCCCUGCAAAUGAGAGCUUUGGCCCCCUGCAGAUCUCUCUUGGAAGGACUGUAAAGGACAUAUUCAAGUUCAUGGUCCUCUUUAUUAUGGUGUUUUUUGCCUUUAUGAUUGGCAUGUUCAUACUUUAUUCUUACUACCUUGGGGCUAAAGUAAAUGCUGCUUUUACCACUGUAGAAGAAAGUUUCAAGACUUUAUUUUGGUCAAUAUUUGGGUUGUCUGAAGUGACUUCCGUUGUGCUCAAAUAUGAUCACAAAUUCAUAGAAAAUAUUGGAUACGUUCUUUAUGGAAUAUACAAUGUAACUAUGGUGGUCGUUUUACUCAACAUGCUAAUUGCUAUGAUUAAUAGCUCAUAUCAAGAAAUUGAGGAUGACAGUGAUGUAGAAUGGAAGUUUGCUCGUUCAAAACUUUGGUUAUCCUAUUUUGAUGAUGGAAAAACAUUACCUCCACCUUUCAGUCUAGUUCCUAGUCCAAAAUCAUUUGUUUAUUUCAUCAUGCGAAUCGUUAACUUUCCCAAAUGCAGAAGGAGAAGGCUUCAGAAGGAUAUAGAAAUGGGAAUGGGUAACUCAAAGUCCAGGUUUACAAAGUGCUUUCCUGUACAUUUGAACCUCAUGCAACGCUGUGAGUUAAACCUCUUCACUCAGUCUAACUCAAGAGUUUUUGAAUCACACAGUUUUAACAGCAUUCUCAAUCAGCCAACACGUUAUCAGCAGAUAAUGAAAAGACUUAUAAAGCGGUAUGUUUUGAAAGCACAAGUAGACAAAGAAAAUGAUGAAGUUAAUGAAGGUGAAUUAAAAGAAAUCAAGCAAGAUAUCUCCAGCCUUCGUUAUGAACUUUUGGAAGACAAGAGCCAAGCAACUGAGGAAUUAGCCAUUCUAAUUCAUAAACUUAGUGAGAAACUGAAUCCCAGCAUGCUGAGAUGUGAAUGAUGCAGCAACCUGGAUUUGGCUUUGACUAUAGCACAAAUGUGGGCAAUAAUAUUUCUAAGUAUGAAAUACUUGAAAAACUAUGAUGUAAAUUUUUAGUAUUAACUACCUUUAUCAUGUGAAUCUUUAAAAGUUAGCUCUUAAUGGUUUUAUUGUUUUAUCACAUUAAAAUGCAUUUUAUUUGUCUGCUUUGACAUUA